AUGAGUAUAGAUGCUAUCCUUUCAUUAAAAUUGUAUUCACUUUGCCAACUAGAGAGACUUUUAAACCAGGGCUGCCAUAUCUCUUUUUCCGUUGCUCAAGAAAUCUUCUUUAUCUUUCCUGUUGUCAAACUCCAGCAACAUUUUCAGACCACCCAAGUACCGCAUCCGGAUCUGUGGACAUCCUUCUACUUCCCGGAAGGCUUUCACGUUCAUGAGAGCCUGGAAGCUUUCUACCUCUCCCACCAAGACUCAAAUAAACCUGACGAAUCCGAAUUUCCUCCCAUUCCGAUUCAACUUCUUGGCUAUAUAGACAUCCACAACCGUUCCGUACCUUUUGAAAGUUUGCCAAAGCGCUGUUUCAUUCCAAUCCAGGGGAAAGUUCUGAAAGUAGAACGAGACUGCCUUCCCGUUGAUCUAAAAUUCUCUACCAUACUUUUUCCUUUUGCGUACUCGUUGCCAGACGUUGUCCAUCUUUGCUCCUUGCGGCUUGGCAGAGAAUUUGAGAUCAACGGGAAGGCAGUCUCGUUCUACUUUCAGAACUUUCCCUUGGAUUGGAAUGAAACAGCGCUUUGGCAAACUUUCAAAAGGUACGAAACUGUUGUGGAUGUCUAUAUAGCCAAGAAGUUGAAUCGGAAUGGGAGGAAAUUCGGAUUCGUCAGGUUUAUUCGAGUCCAAGAUAUUCCGGCAUUCGAACGGCGUCUGAAUGAGACAUGCAUCGGUGCACAAAAGAUUAAUCUAAACGUAGCAAGGUUUGAUAGGAGAAACCAGGAGACCCCUUUAAUCAAUCCCUACGAUGCACGAAGAACUAAAGAAAGUCCAGGUAUUACUCCUCAUAUGAACUCGAGAUCCUUCGCGAAGGUUGUAAAAGGAGUAAACUCUAGUAGCGUAUGCAGAGGGGAUGUUGAAGGAACAAAACCAAAACAGAGAACUAUCAAGAUGCUAUCCUCAGAGAAUUAG